UUAUUUUUUCUUUUAUCUUCAAAUUAUUAAACGUGUGGUUGUUAGGCAUCACUCAUAUGUAGUACCUCACUUCAAUGAAGGCAACCUCUGCCUAUAAAUUUAUGUGAUACACUCAUAAAAAAUCACUCAAUUCCUUCUACUCUUUACAUUACAACUAAAAGAAAAUGGAGUCAAAGUUUGCUCACAUUAUUGUUUUCUUUCUUCUUGCAACUUCCUUUGAAACUCUCAUGGCACGAAAAGAAAUUGAUAGACUAGAAGUCACAGAACUUCUAAAGGAAUUUGAAUCCGACUUGAUGUGCAAAGGAAAAUUAAGUUGGCCAGAACUUAUUGGUGUACCAGCACAAUAUGCUAAGGGAAUAAUUCAGAAGGAAAAUCCAUUCGUAACUGAUGUUCAAAUAGUAUUGAAUGGUUCUCCAGUCACAGCUGAUUUUAGGUGUUUUCGAGUUCGUAUUGUUGUAAACAUUUUAAAUGUUGCUGUAUCAAUUCCAGUGGUUGGUUAAUUAAUGAAUUAUUAUUGAAGUAAUUAAGCAGCCACAUGUCAAAAAAUAAUAAGUAGGGUUCAUGUUUGUUCAUUAUAAUGUCUCCAUGUACUCUUACUAUACGUAAUGGAAUAAAUUAGUGUGGCUUUAUUAAAUCCUUUUA